CUUCCUCCCCUCCUCCUCUCUCUGAACCCACCACCGUAAUGGCGUCAAAAUCUCUGCUAUUCCUCCCCCUCCUCGGCCCUACUGAGCCCUGCAAGGUCGCCCUCAUCCUCGACGACUCCCAUGGAGCAAAUGAUGACACUUCUUCUUGGGUCACCGGGAUCAGGAAAGUCAACGCUGUUGAGAGCCUUGUCCGGAAAGUUGAGUUCUUCUGUUGAAUGCACUGGAAAAGUUAUCUACAAUAAGAACCCGCCCGGUCCAUCUGCACAACACACGUGCGUAUAUAUAAGCCAAUAUGAUCUGCAUCAUGCUGAGAUGACAGUUAGCGAAACUUUGGAUUUCUGUAGCCACAUGUUUGGAACUAACAAUGAGUUCAGAUCGUUGGGUGCAAAUAUCAACAAAUUGGAUAAGGCAAAUAAUUCUGUUACUUGUGAAGGAAGGGUUAACUUGAUCGUUGAUUACAUUAUCAAGUUACUAGGGUUAAAAGAGUGUGCCGGUAUCACUAUAGGAGAUGAGAUGAGAAGAGGGAUUUCAGGAGGACAAAAGAAACGAGUUACAAUUGGAGAAAUGCUAGUUAGCUUUGCAAGAAGUUUCUUCAUGGAUGAUAUAUCGAAUGGUUUAGAUAGCUCCACCACCUUUGAGAUUAUUAGGUUUCUUAGUCAAAUGGCGCACUUGAUGGAUAUUGCCAUGGUUAUUUCCUUACUUCAGCCACCACCUGAGACAUUCGAACUAUUUGAUGAUAUUAUCCUCCUGUCUGAGGGGGAAAUUGUAUAUCAAGGUCCUCGGGAGAAUGUCCUUGAAUUUUUUGAGUACAUGGGUUUUAAGUGUUCGGAGAGGAAGAACACAGCAGACUUCCUUCAAGAGGUUACUUCAAAAAUGGAUCAGGCACAAUAUUGGACUGGUAUCCCAAGGGAGUACCAGUAUAUUCCAGUUUCAAAAUUUGUAGAAUCUUUUAACUCUUUUCAUUUGGGUCGGCUUCUCGAAGAUAAACUCCAGAAUCCAUCUGAUAAGAACGAAAGUGGCACGGUGACCCAACCAAAAGGAAGCAAAACUAUAUCCAGUUGGAAUAUCUUUAAGUCAUGCUUUUCACGAGAAGUGCUAUUGUUCAUGAGAAACUAUCCAUUGCAUAUCUUCAUGGCAAUGCAAAUAGCAACAAUGGCUUUAGUUGUCAUGACACUUUUCCUAAAAACGAAAACGAUUCAGGUAUCUGCGGAAAGUGCAAACAAGUUAUUGGGAUCUCUCUUCGCUGGAGUUGUAAUAGUGAAGUUCAAUGGAAUGACUGAGCUCCAAAUGAUGAUAAACAGGCUUCCUAUCUUUUACAAACAAAGGGAGCUGCUAAAUUUGCCUGGAUGGGCUCUACUAUCAUCUAUCGUCAUUCUAAGUAUUCCCAUGUCAAUAAUUGAAACAGGCAUUUGGACAUGCUUAACAUAUUUUUCCAUUGGCUAUGCACCUUCAGUAAUUAGGUUUUUGCAGCAGUUUCUGGCAUUCUUCUCCAUGCAUCAAACGUCAAUGGCCCUUUUUCGUUUUAUUGCUGCUGUUGGGAGAACACAAGUGAUGGCAAACACGUUAGGAACUGCAGCUUUGGUUGCAAUUUAUAUCCUUGGAGGUUUCGUUGUAUCAAAAGACAACAUCCAACCAUGGCUUGUCUGGGGAUAUUGGGCCUCUCCCUUGACCUACGCACAGAAUGCAGUCACACUCAAUGAAUUUCUUGAUGAAAGGUGGAGCAUGCCAAUUCAUUAUGAAGGCAUUAAUGCCAAUACUGCCGGGAAAGUUAUACUCAAAUCUAGAGGGCUUAUGGUCGAGUGGCACUGGUAUUGGAUUUGUGUUGGAAUUCUUCUUGGUUACUCUAUGAUCUUCAACGUUCUCAGCAUUUUUGCAUUGGAGUAUCUUAAUCCUCUAUUCAAGCAUCAAGUAAACAUAGACCCUCGAUAUAAGGACGCUCAAUUGACAGAACAACUCGAUAAGCUAACAGCUAGAGAACCAUCUCCCAAGUGUCAAUUAGUUCUGCCAUUUAAACCUCUGACUCUUGUAUUCAAGCAUAUCAAUUACUAUGUCGACAUGCCUGCAGCAAUGAAGAAACAUAACUUCAAUGCGAAGACGCUUCAGCUGUUACGGGAUGUGAGUGGUGCUUUUAAGCCUGGAAUUUUAACUGCAUUGAUGGGGGUCACUGGGGCAGGAAAAACCACAUUGCUUGAUGUUUUAUCAGGAAGGAAAACUGGAGGAUGCAUUGAAGGAACUAUAACUAUAAAUGGGUAUCCAAAAAGGCAAGAGACAUUUGCAAGGAUCUCUGGUUACUGUGAGCAAACCGAUGUUCACUCCCCUUUCAUCACUGUUUAUGAAUCCUUACAGUUCUCUGCAUGGUUGCGCCUCCCUUCCAACAUUGAAGAACAUCAGAGAAACAUGUUUGUCGAAGAAGUUAUGGGUUUGGUUGAGUUAUUGCCAUUGAGAAAUGCCAUAGUGGGUAUUCCUGGAGUCAAUGGUUUGUCCGCUGAACAGCGGAAAAGACUUACAAUUGCAGUAGAGUUGGUUUCUAGCCCUUCUAUUAUAUUCAUGGAUGAGCCCACAUCAGGGCUUGAUGCUAGGUCUGCGGCAAUUGUAAUGAGGGCAGUGAGAAAAACUGUGGACACUGGCCGCACUGUUGUCUGCACGAUCCAUCAGCCAAGCAUUGAGAUAUUUGAAGCCUUCGAUGAGUUAAUGUUAAUGAAAAGAGGUGGUCAACUCAUUUAUAGUGGGCCUUUGGGAUCUCUAUCCUGCAACUUGAUUCAGUACUUUGAAGCUAUCCCAAGAUGUCCUAAGAUGAAAAAUGGCCAGAAUCCAGCAGCAUGGAUGUUAGAUGUUAGUUCUCCUGCAAUGGAAUAUACUAUUUCUGUAGAUUAUGCAGACAUUUUCCAAAACUCUUCUGUAUACGAAGAAAAUAUGAAACAGGUUGAAGAGUUAAGCAAAAGAAAGGAUUCCAAUGAUCUACAUUUCACAUCGAAGUAUGAGCAGAAUCUUCAAUAUCAAUUUGUAGCAUGCUUAUGGAAACAUCUCAAAUCAUACUGGAAAAACCCAGAACAUAAUGUUGUUCGUUUUGUAAAUACUUUCAUGGUUGCGCUGCUAUUUGGCCUUGUCUUUUGGCAAGUUGGCUCCAAAAUUACUUCAGAACAAGAUAUCUUCAACAUCCUAGGAGCUGUCUAUGCAUCAGCAAUGUUCUUAGGCUUUGCGAAUUCUAGCAUAGUGCAGCCUUAUGUGGCAAUGGAGAGGACCGUGUUCUAUCGAGAAAGAUCAUCCGGGAUGUAUUCUUGCAUGCCUUAUGCUUUUGCUCAGAUAGCAGUUGAAAUCCCGUACACCAUAGCUCAAGUGCUCAUAUUCUCGGUCAUCGUGUACUCAAUGAUAGGAUUUCAGUUUACAAUAGCAAAGUUCUUUUGGUUCACGCUAUUCAUACUGUUAAGCUUUACCUAUUUCAUACUUUAUGGGAUGAUGACAGUUGCACUGACACCAACACAAGAAAUCGCUGCUGGUCUUUCCUUCCUCAUCUUUAUGAUGUGGAAUACCUUCUCUGGUUUCUAUAUUCCGAUAAAGAUGAUACCGAUAUGGUGGAGAUGGUUCUAUUGGGCUAGUCCUCCAGCAUGGACAAUUUACGGUCUAAUGUUCUCUCAAUUGGGUGACCGGGUUGAGAUAAUUAGGGUUCCAGGGUAUCAAGAUCAGACUGUUAAAGAGUUCCUUGUUGACUACCUCGGGUUACAAGAUGACCAUAUCCCUCUUAUUGUUGCUCUUCAUGUUGUCGUUAUAAUCUUGUUCUCAUUUUUGUUUACUCUCGGUAUCAAACAUCUGAACUUCCAGAAAAGAUGAAAUAACGUGUAUAUUGCUUGUAUUUGCUCAUGUAUAUGCAUGUCUAUUGAGAUGUGUACAAGUGUGCAGCAAAAGGCCUGUUCACUAGAGCUCAUGUAACUUCUUAGAUUUGAGAAUUCAGUGCACCCUGUGCAAACCACGACUCUCUAUUUUUUCAAGCACUGUAUUUUAAACUUGUCUCCCUCUAAGUUUUAAUACAUGUGAUUUAAUUA